UGGAAGGAAAGUCAUGUCAGGUGACUCUACUAGGAUUGGAAAUAAUGAGUUGCCAUACUCACAAGAAAAGCAGGAUUACAGUUCUCCCAGGGACACGGAUGUUUUCGCUGCCUCUGCAGGGCAAUUUUUUUGAUCCUAGUAUACUGAACUUGAGUAGAAUAAAGAAGAUGAGGCGGAGGAUAACCCAGCGAUAUGACCGACGUCCCUUCAUCACUCUCCUGCAGGGCAUAUAUAGCUGUCGCUGGAAACGCUACCAGUGGUUUGAGCUAGAGAAUGGUACUACUUGCUGUUUGCUGGGAGAUCAGAUAUUUUUCCCCUUCCUGCUUGCGACAUUAUGCUUGUCAUUCAUGUUUCUGUACAUGUGGCUGGAAGCGAAGAACGACUACUCCACCUUUGAUGAGUACAUUUACCAGUUCACAAAACAUUGGUUUUACUGGUCCUUCUUUCUGGUGAUUUCAGCCUCAGUCAUGGCCAGUUACGUCAUGUUCCUCAUGAUCACAGGGAUCUGUUUGCUUGCAAAAGGGCAGCAGCUAUACCUGCAUUGGUGCAAUAAGAUUGGCGCUCUGUUGGUCUUGAGCAUAUGCAUCCUUGCUUUUCUGUCCGUAAGCUUAUUUUAUGAGGAAAAAUGGAAAGCUGCUGAGGUAUCACUACAGAUGACUGCUCCCUACGUACAUCUCUUUGGCAUAUGCAUGAUGGUGGUUUUUUCAUGGCCCAUAGCCCUCUAUUUUGCCAAGCUGAAUAAAACAGCUUUAGCUCUUAUGGAGGUGGAGCCCAAAGGUCAGAAAGAAGCCUAUGAAAAGUCUAGGAAAAUAAUGAAAAUUAGAGCCAUUCAGUUCGUCAGUGUUAUUUCCUUCUUGGUCGUUCUUCUUAUUAUGUACAUCCCCCUAGGGAUACAUUCUCCCUGUCUCCGAGAAAACAAGACACUGGGACCCAAACCAACUUUCAUUGGGCACAGAGGCGCACCAAUGCUGGCACCAGAGAAUACUCAGAUGGCCUUUGAGAAAGCUAUUGAACAUGGUGCCACAGGGCUGGAGACUGAUGUCACCCUCAGUUAUGAUGGUGUUCCUUUCCUCAUGCAUGACUCCACCCUGAGGAGAACAACCAAUAUCCAUGAGAUCUUGCCGGAUUUCUCUGACAUGCCUGCUUCUAUGUUCACUUGGCAAAUUCUGGAAACCCUGAACUCAGGCCAAUGGUUCUUCAAGGCUAAGCCAUUUAAAUACAUGGCACCGCUGACAAAAGAAGAUGAAGAGAUGGCAAAGAAUCAGUCAAUUAUGAAACUCAGCAAUUUCUUGAGACUUGCAAACAAGGAAAAUAAACUGGUGAUAUUUGAUCUCUACCGUCCCCCAAAGAAACAUCCUUACAGAAAUACAUGGAUCAUGAAAGUGUUAGAAGUGAUGAUCAAUGAAGUUGGGAUUAAAAGCCAGCUGGUCCUUUGGUUACCAGGGCAGUACAGGGCAGAUGUCCAAAUGAUAGCUCUUUACAGGCAAGUGCUGGGAAAGAAGUUGCCUCUUCCUGACCUCUUGAGAAUGGGAAUUAGAGGAUUGAACCUUCCUUACAAGGACAUAAACAGCAAGGAUAUCAAGGAAUAUGAGAAGUAUGGCAUCUUCACCAACAUCUACGUGAUCAACGAGCCCUGGUUAUACUCCCUGGCCUGGUGUGCUGGGGUUCAUUCAGUCACCACUAACACCAUCCAGAUACUGAAGAACAUUAAAAGCCCAUUCUUCUUAAUGACACCAGAGGAGUAUAUGAGAAUGUGGAUACUGCUGGACUUGAUCUCUGCCUUAGUCAUUAUGGUUGUGUUUUUUUUCCACUGGUGGAGACAGAAAGGAUGGUGUGAACUGACUGCAAAAAAGUCAAGUCCAGUAUUUCCAAUGUCUGGGGUUACAGGUGUCAAAGAGAAUAUUGAAGAGGUCCAAAAACAAAAUAAAAAUAAUGAAAAUCAGGAAGAAAUUCCAGUAUCAUCAAGUCCUUCUGACAAAACUACAGGAGAAUAUUGGGAUUCUGUCUUAGAAAUGAAACGAGAAAAAGUGAAAAUGACCAGGAGCCUGAGCACAGAGAGUGUUAUGGGAUCAAAUGGUGAAGACAGGCAAGACCUGUCCAGCGUCACACUGGGAGACUUCAAUGAUGACGCCUCCAGUGAAAAGCUUCCCAAGUAUUCUGUCCUGUCAAAGUUCUGCUGCAUCUCCUGAUCCUGGACCAUGGCCCAAGAAGAUUCCCUAGACUCCAUCUCCCCUCCUGUAUGUGCAUGUUACUCAGCCCUCUCUCCGCCUCUUUUUCCAUCUCUCUCUCUGCAUCAAGUAGUGGUGGUAGGAGGAGGGAGGGAGGAAGCUGAAGGCCAAUCAAAGAUGGUUUCCUGAGAGUACAAGUUGUCAUCUGCUCUGGCUUUGAGCAAGAAGGACUAGGCCAGCCUGAACCCUGGAAUCCCAUUCUCCUCCCCCAUGUCCCCCAGAAAGCCUACCAUGGCAUAGAGGGGAGGGAGCUUGAAAGGGUCAAGGGCAAGAGUCCCCCCUCCACCUAUCAUCCCAGCAGGGCUGCAGGCUACUGUGGACCUGGUCUGAACCAAACCAAGGACUGGCAAGGAGCUAGGUGAUCCUGCCAUUGAUUCCCCUAGAACUGACAUUCCGGGGCAGCAUAGCCAGAUUUGGGGAUGAGGUAUGGAUAGCUUAGAAGUUCCCUGGGUCACUUCUGGGGUGGAAGAUACCCAGGAAAGCUGAGACAUGUCAAGACCUUUGCAGAAGAGGCCAGGUACCACUUCUUUACCAUGUCCUACAAAGAUCUGCCAGGAUCACCUAUGAGGCUCCAUGGUGACACCAUCCAUGGGGGCUCUUGACAUCAGAAUUGGCAUUCUUACUGUAGGGAUAGCAUAGCCCUCCUCCUGCCCCUCCUCAUCUCUGUAGUAAAUAACUUCUGGUGGUCAGGCUUCAGUAAACAUCGGCACUUCAAUAAAGGAGACAAUGAACCUCUUGUAAAGCC